CGCACAGCGCCACGGAGAGAGGACAGCAAAUCUCUGCUGCUCUUGAAUCCCUCUGUGCUACUGCGGCACAGAUACCGAGUACGAGCAGCGAACUACUCAAUCAGCGUGGAUGCGACCGGGCUUUUCCAGAGUCUACGUAACUGCUCAGAAGAACUUACGGUAGAGUCCUAAAGAGCCGGAUCCUCCUAGUUUCCCUCUGAUUCCAGCAUGAACAAGACCAAAGAUUUUAACAUGGUCCUUCCCUUUCCAUUCAACAAGAACUGGAGUGCAGAACGAGGCUUUCCCACACAGAUCCCAGGCCAUUGCCCAAACACAACUGAUCUCACGGUCUUUCUGGUCACCUCGUAUAGCUUAGAAACAAUCUUCGGCAUCUUGGGAAACAUUUGCCUGAUUAGCGUCAUCGUGCGGCAGAAGGAGAAGGCCAAUGUCACCAGCGUCCUCAUUACCAACUUGAUCGUCUCUGACUUGUUCAUGAGCAUCGUUUGCCUGCCGUUCACCAUUGUCUACACCCUGAUGGACUACUGGAUCUUUGGGGAGGUCCUGUGCAAAAUGACUUCCUUCAUCCAGUGCACUUCGGUGAGCGUGUCCAUUCUCUCCUUGGUCCUCAUUGCUCUGGAAAGACAUCAACUCAUCAUAAACCCAACCGGCUGGAGGCCAAGCAUCCCCCAAGCAUAUCUAGGGAUUGUAGUCAUCUGGACAGUCGCUAGCCUCAUCUCUCUGCCCUUCCUGACCACCUCCGUCCUGACGUACGACUUGUACAAGCACUUCUCCUACAUCACGGAGGCGUCUGCCGACAAGCCCAUCUGCAUGGACGUGUGGCCGUCUGACCAGCACCGCCUCAUCUACACCACUGCCUUGCUGCUGCUGCAAUACUGCAUCCCUCUCUUCUUUAUCCUGGCUUGCUACCUGCGUAUCUAUUUGCGCCUGCAGAAGAGAAAGGACAUGUGUGAGAAGCGUGACUACAGCGGGCGGGAGGUUCAGCUGAGGCGGAUAAAUGUGCUGUCCAUGGUGGUGGCCUUUGCUGUUUGCUGGUUACCUCUGCACGUUUUCAACAGCAUCGAGGACUGGGAUUACAAGGCAAUUUCCCCUUGCUACCACAGCCUGAUCUUCUCCUUGUGCCACCUGGUGGCCAUGGCUUCUGCCUGUGUCAACCCGGUUAUCUACGGGUUCCUGAACAGUAACUUCAAAAAAGAAGUGAAGUCACUGAUGCUGAGUUGCCAGCACAACUCAUCGCUGGAAGAAUACGAGCAUUUACCCUUGUCGACCAUGCAGACGGAAGUUUCCAAAGGCUCCGUGAGGCUGAGCUGUCGACAUAAUUCCAUCUAGGAAUUCCACCUAGUUACACUAGGGAAACAUCUUCUGACGUCUCUAUUGGAAAGCCUCCAGGAAGGCUAUGACACUUGGGUGCUAAAAGCAAAGGGCACCAUCGUCUGACUCCAACAUGUGCACUCUACCCAGCUGCUGUCCAGUUUUGGGGAGAAACGUCACUGAGUGCAAGGCAAGGGACUCCAUACAGAUAAGUGAGGAAGAUAAACGGCGAUCCUGUAUUGAUGAGGAGGGGCAGCAUUAGAAACAGACUUCAUGGAGACAGGGCAUGUGCCCAAGGAGUUGCUUUGUCCCUAACGAAGCUGUAGCUAUCCGUGGUUGCACACAGAUAGCAGGGUCAUCGGCUAAGCUGCACACCCUUAUCCCCGAGGGUAAAACCUGCGAUGUCCAACUCAAACACCCGUGUUGGUGGAAAGUCUUCUCUGUCGGUAUUAGUAGCACGUGGCCAUGCUGUAGGCUGACCGCUAUGUCGACGAGAGGAAGAAUAUGAGGUGGUUGCCUGCAUUAGUAGGGGACUGGACUCAGUGAUCUAAAAGGUUCCUUCCAACCACAGGCCCACUCUCCUUACAUUCCUCUCGGUGCAUGGGUAUGUCUAACGUGUGCGUUACUGCCCCUCCUCUCACCCAUGGCGAGGAACCACUCCUGAUGAGGUUCUCAGGAGAUCCCAUCCAGCAGAUCUGUAACAUCCUUAAUGACUUACUUGGUGGGGAGGGUCAGUCAACAUGGGGACAUGUCACCACGGCCCUGUCACUUCAAACCCCUCACAAGCUUCAGCUUCAUGGAAAUCUCUGUUCCUCCCAGGGCUUCUAGUGAACCCUCUUUUGGCCAACUCCUUGCCAGCAGUAUUACACAGAUAGUAGCCAGAAAACUACACCACGGAGCACACUGAACCAAUGCAAACCAGAGCCACUGCCCGAUAACAAGGUGCAUUGAGAACAAUCACCAUCCAUUAGGACAGCCAGCAGUGGGAGGUACUACACCGUUCAUUGCCUCUGUUACCCGUCACUUAAACUACACAGGUGACUUCUUUUUGAAGGUGAUGUAAAAACAAUCGCAGAUUUCCUUGGGUGCUUGGUCCGGUUGACUUGGUUGUCAUUCUUCUGGCUGUAAACCUAACACCUCCAUGCUACUAAAGGUCCAGUCGCGGACUUGGGCACUGUAAGAUGUUUGGAUCAUAGGAGACUUUGGCCUAUCUCAGCUGGGGGAACGAGGUGACGCGUAGCCAGUGUCACACCUGUUCUGUGCUUAGCAUCUCACUCUGCACCCAGGCUCUGUCAUGUGGGAGGAGCAAGUGACUAGUGGAGAAUGGGUCUGACGUAGAAACGCCAGCUGUCAUGUGCUGUGACGCUUCCAGAAGAGUGAAACACCUGGUUGGGAACCACACCAGGGUGCUGGGUUUCCCCAAGAAGAGGAAGGACCUGCUGAAACAUUGUGAAAAGUCUGGGAAAGAGCAAUGAAGAGGCAUGAAGGGGGUUGAGUGGCACAUUCAAUCCAAGCCCCGUGUACAUUAAGGGUGUUGCCAACUGUGUGAUGGAUGUAACUUUGUGCUCUCUCGCAUCAGUGCUAUUUGUACCGUUAGUCUGGGCAGCCCACCGGCACACCAUAAGGAACGUUGUACUCCUUCUUUGGGAAACAGCAGUACAUCAAGUGGCUGGAGUCGGAGCGCCUCUCGUUAUCAAGCCAUUGCUCUGCAGCAACUGCUGGGAAACCAAGACGUGGACGUUGUCAGGGUGGAAGCCAAUAGUAUGCCCUAGGUCAGGUGGUCACAUUUUGUCAUGACUUGACACCCUGUGCAAUCUCAUCCAAGUCAAUGGACUUGCACAUGGUGGAAGGUAUUCAAUGCAUAGAUACUAUAGAGAGCGGGGCCCUAAAAAUACAAUAGCUAAGUAGAUACCUCCGCUGUUCCCUGUAAACUGUGCAUUUGUGUGGCUACCCAGGAGAGUUUCAAAUACCGCCCAGCUGAUUAGCAGAGCACCCUCUGCUGGCAGCAUGUUUUUCUACUAG